AUGGGCGCCCAUCUAUUCACCUUUCUUAGGAGCACGAUAUCAGCCCUCGUUAGUGCAAACAAAAUGACUCAGUCAGCGCUGCCUGAUGAUAUUCUGCAUCUCCUAUGCGAAGAGCUUGCGAAUCAAGAACAGUUCGACACACUCUUCAACUGUGCUUGCGCCAGCCGUGCUCUCGCCGUACCUGCAUUAACUCAUCUGUACAAAUCUCAUCAUCUCGCCCCUGUUCGAGGUGGAGGAGAAGAUCUCUAUGGCUUACCAGCUGCCACCAAGCUUCUCACGAUCCAAAAAUGGUCCAUUCUUUGGCGAUCAAUUGUCGCAUCUGCACUCGAUGUCACACUGUUCCCAUACUGCCGUUAUAUCAAAUCGCUAGACUUUCGGGAUCUGGGAUAUCUCCUCGAUGACGACCAAUUCCGUGCGAAAGUUUCCAAGCAAUUCUUCUCCGGGCCGUUGAAGCAGUUCGAGAAGACUGAGACAGGGACGAACAUCAAAGGCAGAAAGUAUACUCGGAUAAAGACAGCGGAUAUCAUCGACGCGAUUGGUGAAGUGGUCACACAGCAUACCCCAACCCUGGAGAUCAUCAGCGGUGAACUCCAGCCUGGUGCUCUGGUACGAUGGACGCCCCGGCUUCCUCGACUACAGAGCCUUGAGCUGUGGGACGGAAAGCCGCUAGAAGACGAACUGGUUCAUGCAUCUAUCUACGACCACUGUCCGCAGUUCAAAUCUCUUAUGAUCUAUACCUGGGUCUCAGAAGACAAUGAUCACAAGUUCGCCAAAUUCCUCUCCUCCAUGCGACCGAACACGCUCCAAACACUCCAAACCAUCAGCGACGUCAAAGCCGGCGCCGAGUCACUACUAGCUCUCAAUCACCAUGGAAGUUCAUUAGAGGAUCUGAGACUGUGCGUUUCGAACGAGUCGAUACCGCAUCUGUCGCUACUACAAGGAUGUACAGCUUUAAGAACGCUGCGCAUUGAGGACAUCCAUGGUACUGUAGACUUGGAAGCGACAGAACAUGACGUCUUCCUCGAGACGACUGCCUGGUUACGCAAAUGUUCAGAUCUACAACGCCUCAGCUUCUCGAAAAUGCAAUCCGGAGCCGCACUCAUCACGCCCGUACUGCUGGAAGAGAAGAUACAACUCAGCAGCUUGGAGAUAGACUCGUACACACUAAAAGAUCACAAGACCUUCCAUCAGGCUCUUGUACACCAGCAGUCUUCUCUGCGGGUGCUCUUUCUGAGUGGCGAUACCGAUGGCAUGUUUCGAGACGAUCUAGAUACUCUUGUGGACUCUUUAAAGCAAUUGACAGAGCUGCGAGAUCUGCACCUCAUCCUUCCGGAGGUGCUGCGGGAUGAACAUCUCGUCACCAUUCUCGCUGAGCUCACAAUGCUGGAGGAUUUGUACGUAAGCGGCCUGGAGCUCAACGACAUCGUGCUUCCUCACCUAGCCAGCUUGCCAAACUUGCGCACCGUUACUAUUUCCGGCAUAUCCAAAUUCACCAUGGAUGGUCUCCUGGAUUUUGUAUCGAGACUCGGCCCGGGUAAUCAGGCCAUUCGCCUCUCGAUAGAUAUGGCAGACACAGAUACGCUGCUCUCGGAAGAGGAGUUGACGCUGGUGAGGGAUAAUCUUGCGGAGAAGGCUGGUGGUACGUUGGAGUACAUGGCGCUUCGAGAUCCAAAUGUUCCGGAGUUCGAAAGCGACUCCGACUGA